AUGGUGGCCCCUCGGAAUACCGCGUAUGCGGAGGAGAGCGCCGAGGUGGAAGUUCUCUAUGCCAACCUCGAGAAGCUCAAUCGCCUUACGAAAAAGAUCCAGGGUUCUCUAGUGCGGCUAGAAACCGGUGGCAAGGUCGUCAAGGAGGCUAUCGGGCCGAUCUACAGCAACACACAGUCACUUCAGAUCACAAACAGCAAUAUUGACAAAGUCAACGAUGCCAUUGAUCGCUUACGUCAACCUCUUGACGCGAAGAACCGCGAGGAAGGCAUUAUCCGUGCUGGUCCGCAGAGUGCCGGUAUCAUGCAGUAUCUUUCUGCAAUGAAGCGAGUUGAGAAAGCGCUGGUCGACCUCAACGCGACGAACCUCAGAUCGAAUCAAAAAGCUAUGUCCGACUUCAACGCUCUCCUCAGUACGGGGAGUAGUAUGUUGCAAGAUACUUUCAGAGCUGAGCUGGGACAGCAUGCAAACCCGAUUGAACCGCUUCAUUAUCUCACAAAAGACUUACCUUUCCCAUCCUUGCCGGAAGACACAGUGGCACAGCUAGCACCGCUUUGCUCUGCUAUUAGCUCGGCCGCGAUUAUUGGGCCUCAGCGCGGUAAAGGUGACAGCCCCGCUAUAAAGAUCUACGGAGACGUCCGUGGACCAUACAUUACUGGCAGCCUCCAGAAUUUGUCCAUUGCAUCCCUCAACACAGUGAAGAGACGACCAACAGACGGGCCUUACAAGCAAGGGACAAAUGGAAUAGGAAUUUAUUCGAAUGCUUUGGAAGCUUUCAUAGUCGCCGAACAUGGAGUUAUUGUUCAAAUCUUCCCCGGCGAUCAACAGGGACUCACACUCCAGGCGACGUUCCUCGGUGCAAUGGGAGAGUAUUCAAAGACCCUGCGGGAAUUGAAUCAAUACAUCAAGGCCAACCUGAUGACCGAUUGCUUUUUGGCCUUUGAAAUUAUCGAGAUCGUAACGGCAAUGUCAUACCGAAUUGAUUCCAAGACCGCCGAGCUCAAAAGUCUACUGAUUGAGGCCUUGCGGCCUGUACGCGAGACCGCAAAGUUUUCGCUUUCGGAGCUGAUCGAAGAGACAAAGCGCAGAGCCACCAACGCGCAGCUUCCCGCGGAUGCUGGAUCGAUACCUCUGGUAGACGAAGUGAUGAGCUCUUUGUCUACUUUGACUGGAUACUCGGGACCUCUAGCGUCUAUCUUGACUUCGCUCGGAGAUGGCAACUGGCGGUCCGAUGCCAAUGCCCCCGGGACCGCUGCGCUGGACGUUGGGCCCAACAGUGACACGUUGCUCUCCCAUUUCAUCAUGGAUAUGCUCGAGGCCCUCAUGGGCUCACUCGAGCUACGUGGACGAGCCUUCCAUCGAUCAAAGGUCGCAAUUGGGGUGUUCAUGUCCAAUGUCUUCUGCGUUGUGGACCGGUGCAUUCGGUCAAAUAAUGAGCUUGCGCGUCAUCUGGGCGACUCAGAGUGCAUUGCGCGAAUCGAUGGUUUCCGCAAACGUGCAACCUCAACAUAUCUCGAUGCCUGGAAGGACACGUCCCAGUGCCUGCUGGAUGUGCAGUAUACGUCCCGAACGGGCGCAAGACCUAGCUCCGGCGGAGCAGUUGAUUCUGGUGCCAUUGUGAAGAGCUUGUCUUCACGUGACAAGGACGCCAUCAAGGAGAAAUUCAAGGCGUUCAACGCCAGUUUCGAGGAAAUGGUUUCUCGCCACAAGAAUAUCCACAUGGAGCGCGAGGUGCGCUCUGUUCUCAUCCGGGAGCUUCAGGGUCUGUUGGAGCCGCUUUACUCUCGGUUCUACGAUCGCUACGUUGAGAUUGAUAAAGGUCGAGGCAAGUAUAUCAAAUACGACAAGGCUAGCCUUGCUGUGCAGUUGUCGCAGCUGUCCCCCGCUAAGCCCGAUGAUCGCAUGCAAAAUUUCCAAGGUCAUCCCACGUCUUUUGCUCUUGUGACUCCCAAAUCAAACUUGUGGCUCGAUCCGAUAUUGUCUCGAAAUCCAAUUCGGACUGCCAUCAUGUCUUCCAGCAAUGAUAUCUACCAGACUCCUCUCAACUCGCGCUAUGCGAGCACUGAGAUGAAGUAUCUGUUCUCCCCACGCAUGCGCUUCUCUACAUGGCGUAAGCUUUGGAUUUGGCUCGCUGAGUCCCAAAAAGAGCUCGGCCUCCCUAUCACCGACGAGGCCAUCGAACAGAUGAAGGCCCAUGCUACCAUCCAAGAUGAUGAGUUCAAGGUUGCUGCCGAGGAGGAGAAGCGCCGCCGCCACGACGUGAUGGCCCAUGUUCACGCUUUCGGUCAGGUUGCCCCCGCCGCCGCGGGCAUUAUUCACUGGGGUGCCACUUCCUGCUACUGCACUGAUAAUGCCGAUUUGAUCUUGCUUCGCGAUGGUCUGGACAUCCUUAUUCCCAAGCUUGCGGUCGUCAUCGACAAGCUGUCUCAGUUCGCACAGCAAUACAAGGACCUGCCUUGCUUGGGCUUCACCCACGGUCAGCCCGCACAGCUUGUGACCGUUGGUAAGCGUGCGUGCUUGUGGAUUCAGGAUCUACUGAUGGACCUGCGCAACCUCGAGCGUGCCCGUGAUGAUCUACGCUUCCGUGGUGUCAAGGGUACCACCGGUACCCAGGCUUCUUUCUUGCAGAUCUUUGAGGGUGACCAUGCCAAGGUUGAGAAGCUGGAUGAGCUCGUCACCGAGAAGGCCGGGUUUAGCUCUGCCUUCAUCAUCUCUUCUCAGACCUACUCCCGCAAGAUCGAUGUGGACGUUGGCAACGCCCUCGGUUCUUUUGGUUCCACUUGCGAGCGCAUUGGUAUUGACAUUCGUCACCUGGCCAUGCUCAAGGAGGUUGAGGAGCCGUUCGAGAAGGACCAGAUUGGUAGCAGUGCCAUGGCUUACAAGCGUAACCCUAUGCGUUCUGAGCGUCUCUGCUCCCUCGGUCGCCACCUCCAGAACUUGCCCAAGGAUGCCUUGGACACCUACUCUGCUCAGUGGUUUGAGCGUUCAUUGGAUGACAGCGCGAUCCGCCGUAUCAGCAUUCCUGAGCUUUAUCUCACCGCCGACGCCUGUCUCAUCCUCCUGAACAACGUCAGCUCUGGAUUUGUCGUCUACCCGGAGGUGAUCAAGCGUCGUGUUAACGAUGAACUUCCUUUCAUGGCCACUGAGAACAUCAUCAUGGCCUGUGUGAAGAAGGGUCUGUCUCGUCAAGAUGCCCAUGAAGAGAUCCGUGUUCUCUCCCACCAAGCUGCCGACAACGUCAAGAAACAUGGCAAGGACAACGACCUUCUUGACCGGAUUCGCCGCACACCUUUCUUCAACCCCAUCCUUCCAGAGCUGGACAACCUCCUGGAUGCGACCACCUUUGUGGGCCGCGCUCCUCAGCAAGUGGAGAAGUUCACCACCACCGAGGUCGCUGCUGCCGUCAAGCCCUACGCCUCUCACAUUGCCAAGGGCGAGACCUCCUCCCUGUAUGUCUAG